CUAAAAUCACUUGAUAGUUUUUUAUAGUCUUAUAUAUAAUAGUCAUCUUUUAAACUUCGACCUCAUACAAAUUUGUGAAGCUUAAAAUUCUCCUAAAUAAAAAUUAUAAGAAAAAAAAUGAAAUCUUCCUGAACUGGCACCUGUCAGUUCCCGGUAUCUUUCCGUUACCUCUCUUCACCUUUCCUCUCGCAUUUAAAAACCUCUCUUUUCCUGAAAAUACAAAGAGAGAGAGAGAAGGAGAGAACUGGAUCAACCCAAAUGGCCUUUAAAGGGGCAGAACCGAUCCCAGAAGAAACGACGUCGAAUUCUCUCUUAACAAACACGCGCUGCUGCUUCUGUUUUCCCUGUUUUUCUUCCCGACGAUCCUCCACCGUCGGAUUAUCCUUCUGGGAACGAAUCCAAUCAUCAUCACAGUCACACGGCUAUGAUCCCCAUCAAAAUCAAUGGUGGUUCAAGGGGAUAAGAGCGUUGAAGAAGAUCAGAGAGUGGUCAGAGAUCGUUGCGGGUCCUAAAUGGAAAACUUUCAUUCGAAGAUUCAAUCGAACUAAAAGCAGUGGCAGUGGUAGCGGAAGGCGCCAUGGGAACUUCCAGUAUGAUCCUUUAAGUUACUCGCUGAAUUUCGAUGAAGGGCCGGGAGGACAGAAGGGGGAUUUCGAUGAACUGGAUGAUUACGGUGGGUUUCGCGAUUUCUCCUCCCGUUACGCCUCCGUGUCGGCCUCUGGUCAGCCGGUGGCUAUGGAUGCCUCGGAGAGUAAAGACGUUGUGGUUAUGGCUUGAGAGAGAGGAGGAGCUGUGAGCCUGUGAGUGAGGGCACAAUGGAUGCUAAUUUGCGCCGGGCUGUGCAGGAUAACGAUCGAGUGUUUGCUGACUCGGUGACGCAAUGUGCAGGCGCGUACAUCUAUAGUAUUAUUAUAGCUUAUAGCUGUAUAGAUAGAGUUUUAUUACCUUUUUUUUUGGUUAAUUAAAUAAAUUUGAGACGGUAGGGGUGGCAAUGACAAGGAAACACGUGUCAGGAAAAUGGCCAGUUUGCUUUUUAUGCAUGUAUUGUUUUUUAUAUAUAUAUAAAUUGGGUUUCUUGUUGGGAGAAGAAUAGGGAAGUAGGGCUUUGUCUUGUAACAUUUGUGUGUAUUCAUAAAUACAUUCUUUAUAUCAAAACAAAGAUAUUUUAGGAGAAUAAUUUGUACCCAAACUUUUUAUGAAUUUGUUAAUGAUAAAUUGAUUGGCCUUUCUUGAGGGUCAUCAAUUUUAAAUUUUAA